AUGGGAUUAGGAAUGUACAAACCGUAUGUUGUGCAGUUUAAUGAGCAACAAAACUAUCAUAAUCGACUGGAAGAUUAUGACGAUAAUAAAAAGAUGAAUCCUUCACGUCACAUAACAAAUAACGAUAAUGAUAUUGAACAACAAAUAACCAAUAUGUAUAAUAAUACAACUAUUGUAAAUGUUUAUCAUAAUACUAAUUUUGCUCCAUGGCAGUUGGAAGAAAUUUUUUUACCAUUGUUUGGUAAUGCAUAUAGUUUUCCAGUUUUGAUUAAUAUGUCUGAUCAUACAUGGUGUGUCUAUAUUGAAAAUGAAAUGAUUGCCGCUGUUUUAGCCACAAAACGUUUGUUUGAUAAUUCACAGGCUUUAUAUUUGAUUUUAUUUGGAGUUAAAAAGUCUUAUCAAGGAAUAGGUAUUGGAACAAAAUUGUUAGACAUCAUUAUUCAAUAUACAAAACGUGAUCAUUGUAAUUUCAUUUUUUUACAUACAGAAUGUUCAAACAUUAAAGCGAUUCGAUUAUAUGAAAAAUUGGGUUUUAAAAAAGAAUCCUUCGUUCCUAAUUACUAUCGAUCAAUAUCAAACUUUCGACCAGAUGCGUACAGAAUGUUGCUUACAUUAAAAUAA